AUGCGGACCACUUCACUGUUCUUGCUCGCGCUAUGCUUGGCGCUGUCGCCUUUCGGGUCUGCGAAGAAGGGUGGAGAACAUCCGCUUUCAAAAAUUGCGAUUCACAGGGUGACGCUCGCCUCUCACGAUUGGGUGUAUCUGAAAGCCUCUCCGUCGUUGCUGGGGCUGAAGGUUCCUCCUCCGUCCCCUACCUAAAUUUUGAGCUCAGAUUAGCCAGGGGUAGUGAGCAGAUACUAAACCCGUGCAUUAUUUAAGAUCAUAUUAUCUUGUUAUCUUGUUUAGGAACAGCUCAUUGCAUGGUUUGUCGUUGAUUCAGCUUCCUACCUGUGUUGUGCUCAUUGUUGUACUCUAUGUUUCACAUCGUCUUAGAAUUUCUGUCAAAUGGUGAGGAUCUUGAAGAAUUACCGCGUUGACUAGUAGAAGUAUCAGGAGAAAAAUCGACAGGAUCAAUCCGUGGUUUUCAUUCCACCGUAUUGUCUUAUACUACUUAUCUAUUUUUACGCUUCUCUUGCAGUGUAUAUGUUUUGCUUAUGGGAUUGUUAAGAUUGCCCUGAAUAAUUAAGUUACUACUAUUUCCAGGGACAAACGUAUGAAUGGAUUAACUUAGAGUAUAUCAAUGCAAACCCAUCAAAUGACGACUGGAUCGGGGUCUUUUCGCCUUCAAAUUUCAGGUUAGACUCUUCUUUAUGUCAGGGUUAAAUCACUUUGUGUACUGAAAAGGGUUUGAAGAAAAGAAAUGAAUCUGUCCCUUAUCAAACUCCGACAAGACUUUUCGGUUACCCAUUUCCUGCAAUUCCUUCCUACUCUAAGAAUUAUUUUUUUAGUAAUGCUUUAGCUUUGUGACUUUUGCACUAAUGUUUUGAUCCUGCAUGCUGUUUUAAUCUGAAAUGCUACAGUAGUUCUGUCUGCACGGCGGAAAAUCCGAGAGAAUUUCCUCCAUUGUUAUGUACUGCACCUAUUAAGGUUAGUACUGCUAAUUUUUUUUGCCUGGUCCAAUAUGCCACAGUAUCGAACGAAAUAAUCAGAACUUUCUUCCUUGGAGAAGAUCUUUCCAGAAUAUGGAUUGAUAUAUAUAUUUUUGGCUUGUCCUCUAGUAUCAAUAUGCUAACUAUUCAAAAGAGGACUACGUUGGCACUGGAAAGGGCACAUUGAGGUUUCGAUUGAUCAAUCAGAGGGAGGACUUUGCUUUUGCGUUGUUUUCUGGAGGACUAGAGAAUGUAAGUACCUCAGGCUGCCUGCCUCCAACAAGCUCCCAUUCUUUACAAGAAUAGGGCUAUCCAUAGGCCAUGACUGUUGGGAUUCCUUAGGAACUUGCGUAUUCAUAAAAGACUUUGAGUGCUUUAAACGUACUUAUAUGAAUGGCUCUUAGUUUUGAUAUUAUUUUAUUUUAUUUCUUAACUUGUUUCUUUUGGUUCAUACGUUAUAACCAGAAUCUUAACCAAUAUAAGCAUUUCUCCAUCUUAAGGUUUUAAAUGAACCGGUCCAUUGCCACUAAUAUGCUCUCCUCUUUUCAUAUCUUGUGAAAUUAUACUUCUUUUGCUCUUAUUGUGAAAUUUUAUUCAAGCUAUAUUGUACCAUAUAAAAUGCGAGCGUUUCUUGAACACAGAGUAGCACAUCUUAUUCUGUCCAUCAAUACUUGCCAUUGUAUAAAGCUAGUCCUAUGGUUUCUCCAUUAGCAUGUCUCUUUCCAGUCAGUUGAUCUAUUAUCAAGAUGCACGCUGUAAAAUUAGUACUGGUACUGAACUUUGGAUUCUCCCAUCGUAACUGAAAAUGCAUGGAUGUGAAACGUCGCAGUAAGUUUUUUUAUUAUCUUCUGUUUUCACUUUAUGCUUCUAACUGCAUCAUGGGCAUUGUAUCAACACUUUUCGAAGAUAUCCAAAAUUCAAGAAGAAAUUCCCAUGUUCAUCAAAACGAUUCAUUUUCACUAUUUUGAGCUUUAGUCAGCUAAAAACAUAUGUCUUUGCCCCUUUUUGGUGAUCUUUCAUGGAAAGUAUGUUAUCUACUUUGAACUACAAGAUUGUUAACAUCUCUUUUCCAGUUCCCUUCGAACAUUGUCUCAUGUUUUACGCCAGAAAGUUAUGUCCGUCUGUACGUAUAUAUCUUCAAAGUCAUGACUGGAGAAAAGAGUUAUCAUUUUAUUUUAGUUUCAGCUCAACACUCUGAGGACCAAAUCCUGUGUAUUCUAACAAUGAUCGUCUGUCCAAUUGUCAGACCGACGUCAGCAGUUUUUUUUUUUUUUUCUGCUGUAAAAUUUCAACCUCAUGGCAUACUGCCAGAUUUAAUAGAAAUAUCAUCUCUUUGUGUAUGAUAAUUUUUUUAUCACUAGAUAUCUUCAAUCUCCUCAAUGUGGUGUUUUGGGUCUCCCAUUCUUUCUUUAUCUAUGAGUAUAUGGCUCAUCUCGCAAUUAUCAUCAUUGCUGGGUGAAUGCUUGAUUAUAUUUCCAUUUUUUCUUCAUGUCUCAGCCUAAGCUGCUUGGUGCAUCAAAUAGAAUAAGUUUUGCGAAUCCCAAAGCUCCUGUUUAUCCACGUUUAUCGCAAGGAAAAGAAUGGAAUGAGGUAAGCGUUACUUCUUCACACAUUUUAAUCCAUCAGACAUUCUUUGUAUGGUGGUGAUUGAGUUCAGGUGUGAUGGUUUUAUUUUCCUUAAUAAAGUUCGUCAUCUGCAUCUGCUUCUGCUUCUUCAAACAUGGUUUUUGCCAAACGGCUGAAACAAUAGAAAUAUCAUAUCUUGGACUAAGUGAUGAAAUCUGAAUCUGGAAGCUCGACUGAUGAGACUUACGUAAAAUGUGACAUAGAGGUGUAGAAAAUGAUCAUUAAAUGCAGCUCGAGUGGCUGUCAGAAUUCCAGUUUUCCUCUGGUGGUCAACGAUCUUGUCAGUUCCCAAUGAAUCAUUAGACUAUACACUCAUCCUUCCAAACUUCCUAGGAAAGACACAGGUUUUAUGCAUUUCUGCCUUCUUCUCUCCUCACUCUCUAUUUUUUUUCUAGCUCAAACUCGUGUAAAAUGAUAGAUACUUCUUCCUUAACGUUUGAAGAUAUAUCUACCAUCUUCUGUUAUCGGAGGAAGUGGUCUGAAAGAUAUCUCAGCCGGAUCAAAGAGCCAGGACUUCAUCGCCUGAACCCAUAGUAAAUACAACACAAUGCUUGGUCUAUUUAGAAAAUUCAUAAUUUUCGUUCUAAAGCAUCACCCACCCUGGAUCCCGCAUUGUGUAAGCUUCCAUACAUAGUAAUAUUGCUACUGUGUAUAGCAUAUGUUGCUACUAUCCUUUGGUUACAUCUCAGAGGUGGUCACUUUGGACACUUGACUCUCAGAUGGCUGUUACUUGGACGAGUGGGUAUAGCAUCGACGAGGCAGUACCUCUUGUUGAAUGGGGUCCUCAACGAGGAGAUCAAACGAAAUCCCCAGCUGGAACUAUGACUUUUGGCCGAAGGAGCAUGUGUGGUAUGUUCAUUCUCUCAUUAUUUUCGAAUCACAGAUUUUAUGAAUGUUUAUCAAACCAAAGCGCGGUUUUUAUUUUCUUUCUUUUUUGGACCGUUCUGCCCUGAAUUUGCUUGCGAUCAAAUUAUUUACUAUUUUUGUUUAGUGAGUUGACCAAUGUAAUAUAAUUUCGCAAGCUCUGUUUUUUAUUUAUCUUGGGAAACUUGCCAAUUUUUUUCCUUCUUAGUAGGCAUGAAAUAAUUUCUUUUUAUUUGAUUAACUGUGGAACCUCCUCGCUGGCUAUAAUUAUUAUUUUUUAAAUCAUUCUGACCGAUGAACACCUUCAAUUUAUUACUAAAAAUAUGCCGCAAAAAAAAAUAAUCUUUGAAAGAGGAAUCAUGUCCGGAUUUAAAAAUGGGAUGAAGCCUCUCCAGCAUUCAUGGGAUAAAAGCUGCUUGAAUAUGAGAUGAAUAAAUAGAUUUUUUUUCGAAGCCCAACUGUGCGUGGGAUGAGAUCUACCAAACAAUUUAAAUUUGUGGAAUAUCUUCCUGGAUAUAAGAAAGUGAUACUCUUCUGAUGAAUCUACGAGAUUUACACUUUUUUGAAAAAUUUACUCGAUGAGGCCCAUUUGACAACCCCACAGAAUGAUGGGAUGAGAAUAUUUGAUGGCUGUAUGGACGAGGCCCACUUCACAAGUCUACGGACGAUCUCUAUUUAAGGAAUUUUUUUAGUAUAUAAGUCCAUUAUAAUUACAUUAAAUUAUUUUUUAACCUAUCACAUUAGGAUUGCAUUAAACUAUUUAGAUAUUUUUUUAAUAUAGAAGUCCACUAAAAAUACGCCUCGUUCAUAUCUACGAGCUUCUCAAGUUAAUAUCUCUUCGAAAUCUUUCUACAAAGUCAAAGAAUAAUCCGAUGGCACUUGCGAUUCGUCGAACAUGUUCACAGGUCCACCAGCGAGGACGGUGGGCUGGAGAGAUCCAGGCUUCAUACACACCAGUUUUCUGAAGAACCUGUGGCCGAACCAGAUGUGAGAACCGUUCAUCCACCUCCUCUAAAUCUCCAUGAUUAUCUUUAAAUGGGAGGGAAGACAUAUAAUCACUGUACCACAUGCAGUGUUCUUCAAGAACAAUCUGACUUUCUUAUUCUGGAUCGCGCACGAUGCAGGUAUGACUACAGGCUGGGGCACAGGCUCAGGGAUGGAUCCUACGUAUGGAGCAGAAUAUACAGCUUCAGGGCUUCUCCCUACCCCGGGCAAGAGUCUCUGCAACGUGUGGUCGUCUUUGGCGACAUGGGCAAGGUGAGAUUGAGAGGAUAUCUCUUAAAGAUAUCUCAUUUUGAGGAAGAAGAUGUAGCCCGAGCCGACCCACCAAAAGGACGAAAACGGUCGAGGUUUCUUCAUCUUGUGAACUCGGGGUGAAGGAUCUUCGCAGAAAAUCAAGUCUUUUUGCAGCUCAAUCUACGUCAACUUAAUCAAAUCGUUCAUCUUGACAAUUUUUCACUAGGUCAGAAGAAGAGUUGACUUUCUAAUGGGUUUUUUUCUCAGGGGGAGAUUGAUGGCUCCAACGAGUACAACUCCGGCGAGUAUGGGUCCCUCAACACGACCCGCCAGCUGGUCCGGGACUUGGCCGGCAUCGACAUUGUCUUCCACAUCGGAGACCUUUCCUAUGCCAAUGGGUACCUCUCCCAAUGGGACCAGUUCACGGAGCAGGUUGAGCCGAUCGCGUCGUCCUUACCCUACAUGAUCGCAAGGUUCCCCUCUCUGGUUCCCACGGAUGAAUCUUCAGAUGUCAUUGAUGUAGAUCUAGUUAUUAAAUGUUUGCGUUGACCCAUGAUUUGUCAGCGGCAACCAUGAGAGGGACUGGCCGGGGAGUGGGUCCUUCUAUGAGAACAAUGACUCCGGCGGCGAGUGCGGCGUCCCGACCCAGACCAUGUUCUACGUCCCCGCAGAGAAACGGGCCAAGCUCUGGUAUUCUCUGCCGCUGAGAACAGAGGAGGAGAAGGUCAACGCCUGGUUUCGUGAGCUCUUUGAGUCUGGUUUUCAGGUAUUCGACGGACUACGGGAUGUUCAGGUUCUGCGUGGCCGACACGGAGCAGGACUGGCGGCGGGGCAGCGAGCAGUAUGAGUUCCUCGAGCGCUGCAUGGCGUCCGUUGACCGGCAGAAGCAGCCAUGGCUGGUCUUCCUCGCCCACCGCGUUCUGGGCUACUCCUCCGGCCACUUUUACGUCCAGGAAGGCUCCUUCGCGGAGCCUAUGGGCAGGGAUUCCCUUCAGGAGCUCUGGCAGCGCCACCGCGUUGACCUCGCCGUCUAUGGUCAUGUCCACAACUACGAGCGGACCUGCCCCAUCUACCAGGUUUGACUUUCUUCCCCCCUCUCUUCUCUCUCUCUCUCGCUAUCUCUCUGAUCACCUCUGAUUCGGCAGAACGUCUGCACGAGGAAGGAGAGGACGCACUACGAGGGGGCCUUGAAGGGGACGAUCCAUCUGGUGGCGGGGGGCGGCGGCGCCAACCUGGCGGAGUUCGCCGACGUGGAGGCGUCGUGGAGCCUGGUGCGGGACUACGACUACGGGUUCGUGAAGAUGACGGCGGUCAACAGGACGACUCUCCGUGUGGAGUACAAGAAGAGCCGCGACGGGGAUGUCCACGACGCGUUCACCAUCUCCCGCGACUACCGCGACCUCCUGGCCUGCGUCCCCGACAGCUGCCCGAGGACGACCCUCUCCACUUGA